AUGGCUGCCCUCGAAGAUUACUCCGACAGGGACCUCAUGUACGAGCUGUUGAGGCGAAUGAAAUGCGCUCCUAAGCCAGAGAAGCGAGUUAUUCUGAUCGGUCCUCCCGGUUGCGGCAAGGGUACACAGUCUCCCAUCAUCAAGGAGGAGAACUGCCUGUGCCAUCUAGCCACCGGCGAUAUGCUCAGAGCAGCCGUCGCUCAGAAAACGCCUUUGGGCAUCAAGGCGAAAGAGACCAUGGAGAAGGGUGAGCUCGUGUCCGACGAACUGGUGGUGGGCAUUAUCGAGGAAGCGAUCAAUCGGCCGUCCUGCAGCAAGGGUUUCAUCCUCGACGGUUUCCCUCGCACGGUCGUCCAGGCAGAGAAGCUUGACUCAAUGCUGGAGAAGAAGGGUCAGAAGAUCGAUAAGGUGCUCAACUUCGAUGUGCCUGACGCCGUCCUGGAGGAGAGGAUUACUGGCCGGUGGAUCCACCCUGCCAGCGGACGCUCCUACCACACCAAGUUCGCUCCUCCGAAGGUUCCUGGAAAGGAUGAUAUCACCGGUGAGCCCCUGGUGCAACGGAAGGACGACAAUGCAGAGACCCUGCGCAGCCGAUUGGCAGCAUUUCACAAGCAGACCUCACCAGUCAUUGACUACUAUGCUGCCAAGGGCAAGGUUGCGACUUUGCAUGCCGAUAGGAAGCAGGAGGAAGUUACUGCUGAGGUUCGCGCAGCCAUGAAAUGA